GUCGGCAGAACAAGCUGCGGAUUUCUGAGCAACGGCUCAGCAAUUUCCAAGAAAUAGUUGGUUAGGGGAAGGAAACCCUGCAUUCAGCUCAAAGAAGCGUGAACUUCCCGUUAGUUUGCAGAGUGCGUCUCUCGGUCAACCCUGCAAGGGGUUCAGGAGCAAUGACAAGUAUGGAGAAUUUCGUCUUCGCCAUCUCCCUUCUGUUCAACGUCCUGAACACAGCUAUCCCCCAGGACGACAUCGGUGAUGAUAUCCUUCAGGUGAUACUGUGGAACGGGUCCCAGCCUGCUCUGCUACCUUGUUCCCACCCCACACCUACCGAAGUUACAGAGGUGCAGUGGAUAUUUGAAUCUUUCACAAGGUCCGGGCUGACGAGAAUCUGUACAAUCUUUCCAAAUACCGGAUGUAACCACACCCAGUUUCUGCAUUUAACUCUGGCCAAGUCUGAUGGUUUCAAGACAGGAAAUUACUCUCUUCACCUGGAUCCGACAGUAGAAGCUGCUGGAAGGUAUACCUGUUACAUAUAUCCCAAGGCGCUUGUCAGGCGAAUGGAUCUUGUGGUUCUAGCUGUGUCCGUGAAUCCGGCCGGCUCGAUUCCUCACGGAAGCUCUGUGUAUCUGAACAGUGGAAUUGGCGACUGGUCUGAAUAUAACAAUAUGGUCUGGGACAUUGAAGACAGUGAAUACGAGAUCAUCUGGACACUGAACCACCAGCCCAUCCAGCCAGAUUCGCAUCACAGCUUCGACUUUAGAACGUUAAACAUCAGCAAUUUUCAAUGCGCCGAUGUGGGACUCUAUACCUGCACUCUCAAAUCCAAGGAUGGAAACACUUGCGCCUACAGUCAUUUCUUGAAGACCUCAGGCCAUUCCAAAAGAACUUUAGCCAUCGUUCUUGCAGUCCUUGGAGUGGCCUUGGUUAUUUCUGCUGCUGUUCUCAUAGUUUGCUUCGGCAAGUGCAAAACGGAAGGUCAGAAGUCUGCUCAGGUGUUGGAUAUUGAGGACAACUACGUAACCCUUGAUGUCGCUACUUUGGGGAUCCCCGGUAAUUAUACCAGAUCAGCAGCUGAAAAGUGUAUCUACGCCAAUAUCGCAAGGAGUUAGUUGGGCAUGGAUUAACUCCCGACAUUGUCUGCCGAGUCUUGAGAGCUAUUCCGGACUUAAAUUAACGCUGCCUUUCUUUUGUGUGAGCAGAGGCAUUCCUUAAUGGGAGCUGAGCGUCACAAAAUGAGAAGAUUGUUUAUGUAGAAUCCUUCGCACUUUCAAGGGGAAUCCUUCCUCUUCCCGGUUCACCCCGAGGUGAUAUUAUAGUAUGCAUACAGGAAGCGUUACAAUAUCAUUUGCUUAAAGGUGCCCAUCGCUGCUUUCUCAAGCAAUGUUUCCAAGCAUAUGAAAUAAAAAGAGCCUUUG